AUGGCGGCGACGGCGGAGCGCGAGGAGGAGACGAUCGUCGAGCGCACCUUGAAGGGCCUGGGCGUCGACAACGGCCCGGACGGCCGCGGAGACGACCCUCCGCCCGAGCUGCUCGUCAAGGUCAAGUGGCGCCCGGAGACGCUAGAUUUCGACCUUCGCGUCGCGGGUGACGUCGGGGGCGAUGGAACCGGCGAUGGAACCGGCGAUGGAGCCGGCCGCGACGUGUUCUUCACGGCCAUGAACGUGCGCGCGCCUCCAAACGCGCCGGGCACCGCGGAGGAGUGGUACACGCGCGCGAGGCAGGCGCUGACCGGGCCCAAAUGGCGAGCGCACCGGCACUUCUCGUUCACCCUCGAUCGCGCCGGCGCCGGGGCUUCCACGGAGGCGACGUUCAAGUGGUCGUGGCACGAACCGACGUGUCGGACCGACCCGAUGCCCGCGUGCGUCACCGCCGCCGCCAAGGGCACCAGACGCAUCGGCGUGGCGAGGAUGCGCGGCGAAGCCUUCGUCGCGUCCAACCGCCACCGGAUCUUCGCAUCCUUCGCGACGAAGCAGCUGGAAACGCGCGAUGAGCGACUCGCACAGCUGGAGCGCGAGUGCGAAUCGCUUCGAAACACGCUGCACACCGCGCGAUGCGACUUGGAGAGGGCGGUGGAGUUCAAGGAGGCGGCGGAGAGGGACAACACGCGUCGGUUCGCCGUCUUGCUCAACGCGCAGAAGGUUCGUCUAAGGGAGCAGCACGAGCUGCUGGAGGCGGCGAGGGCCGAGAACGACGACUUGCGCGCCCGCGUGGAGGAAACCGAGAGCCCGGGCGACGAAGGGACAGACGACGGCGGCGAGUCGGAGCCGGACACGGACGAGGAGGAGGCGACCGCGGCUACAUUCAUCGCUCGAGCGAAUGACCGUCUUCGUCAACCCACCGCCGCCGUCCACCGCCGCGGAUCCAAAGCGACGUCACCCGCCGCGAGGGCCGCCAAGCGAGUGCGGGGAUUCGCGGACGACGCGUCGCACCAACCCCCCCGGGCGGGAAGCUCCCAACCACCGUCGCAAAAGUCGGCGAGGUCCGAUAAGGGCGUCGGGGACGCACGAAACCAAAGCCAAAACCAAAACCAAAGCCUCCACCCGUUGGACGACAUCUUCGGCUCCUUCGGCAUUCCACCCGCGGGCGGGGACGUCGCGGGUUCGAUUCCCGGCGCGGCCGCCGACGACGAUUUCGGGGUUGACGCCGACGUGUCGCAGACGCUCACCUCGGCGUCGGCGAGGUUGGCGGGCGGCGGGGUGGGCGGUGGGGUCGGCGGGGUGGGCGGGUCGGCUGGCGCGUCCAGGCGAACGUCAGCCGCGGCGGCGGGUGGCGGCGGGGGCGGCGGCGGCGGGCGGGGCGGAAGGGGCCGGGGCCGUCCGAGGCAGGCCGGUGGUAAGAAUCCGCUCGAGGACAUCAACUCGCUGCUCGGGGACGACGGGAUAUGA